CGCAUCGAACAGUUCAAUCUCGACAUUUAUCUACUUAACACAUCCUGCAAUCCACGAAGAAAAUGUUUUACAGUGUGGUAGUAAUCUUAUCACUAGCAGCCGUAUGUCUGUCGGACCCUGAAGCUGGUGGUGGCUAUGGACAUGGUGGAGGAAAACAUGGUUACGGGGAACCGCUUCCAUAUUAUUAUGGAUACCACGUGGACGGGGACUACAAAGGACCUCACUUCCACCAGCAGGAGAAAUCUGACGGAAAGGCUGUUUAUGGAUCCUACUCUGUUGCUCUUCCCGACGGCCGUAAACAACAUGUACAAUACACAGCCGACCACUACAAAGGCUUCGUCGCCCACGUCAGCUACAAAGGGAAGGCUCAACAUCCAUCCUAUUACGGACCUGCCGUCGUUUUCGAUCAUAAAGGAUACCACUAAUUGUGCCCCUUCGAAUUCUAUUCUAAUUUUCUGUUUGAUGUGUUAAGUAUUCAAUAAAUGCAUUGG